AUGGCCACCCUCCACCCCCUUGACCCAAUUACCCCCGGGGAGAUCCAGUUAGCGGUCUCCGUCCUGGAGUCUGCCUUCCCAGGCGUGAAGCUCCGUUACAAGCGUAUCGAUCUGCAGGAACCCGCCAAGCAUGAGGUGGUCCCGUACCUUGAGGCCGAACGCCGGGGAGAAGUCCGCCCACGCAAACCGGCGCGUUUGUUGAUGGCCCUAUUCCACAGAUUGGACAACGGUUCUUUCUUCAAAGCACUCAUCAACGCCGAUACAAAGUCUAUCGUGUCCGCGAAGGAACUCCCCAAAGACGUUCAGGGACCUGUGGACGUGGACGAAAUGCUGGAGAUUGAGGAGCUCUGUCUCAGUCACCCAGCUGUGAAGGCCGAGAUUGAAAAAUUGAAGCUCCCGGCUGGUCACACCGUCUGCAUGGACCCUUGGAUCUAUGGUACAGAGGAUGCCAAGGAAACCCGCCGGUUGUUCCAGUGCUACAUGUACAUCGUGGCCACUGAUCACCCCCAGAACAACCAAUAUUCUCUGCCAUGCAAAUUCUCUCCAGUGUUCGAUGGCAUCUCUCGCAAGCUUAUUCGUAUGGAUUAUCUGCCUGGUGGUGCAGACACCCAGAGCACUGAGACGCAACCCUGGAAGCCCGUGCCCACCAUCCAGUAUGCCCACGAUUUGUUGGACGAACCUCUACGCACCGACUUGAAGCCUUACAUUGUUCAGCAACCGGAAGGUGCAUCUUUCAAUGUCAUUGGCAAUGCUGUCUCAUGGCAGAAGUGGCGCUUCAGGGUUGGCUUCAACAACCGGGAAGGCCUUGUACUUCAUAAUGUGACUUACGAUGGUCGUAACACCUUCUACCGCCUAUCAUUCUCUGAGAUGACGGUUCCCUACGCUGAUCCCCGUGCCCCUUACCACCGCAAGCAAGCCUUUGAUGUUGGUGAUGUUGGCUUCGGUAUCACAGCCAACCAGUUGAGCCUUGGCUGCGACUGCCUCGGUCAUAUUAAGUAUUUCGACGGCUACCGUACAGACGCACAGGGUGCACCGAUCCAAUUGAAGAACGUCAUCUGUAUGCACGAGCAGGAUAAUGGCUUGCAGCACAAGCACACCAACUACCGUAGUGGGGAGGCAACGGUUGUUCGCAACCGUCAACUUGUGGUCCAGAUGAUUUGCACAGUCGCCAACUACGAGUAUAUCUUCGCGUUCAUUCUCGACCAAGCAGCCAACAUUGAGCUCGAGGUGCGCGCAACUGGUAUUCUCUCUACCGUUCCUUUCGAUAAUGAGAAUGGCCAAACCGUCCCGUGGGGCACUAACGUUGGACCUGGUGUCAUGGCCCCAUACCACCAGCACAUGUUCUCUCUCCGUAUCGACCCAGCCCUCGACGGAUUCAAGAAUACAGUCUACUACGAAGAUAGUGUUCCUAUGCCCGAAGACGACAACAACCCAUGGCUUGUUGGAUAUACAACAGAGCAAAAUGUGAUGAAAUCCAGCGGAAGUGCUUUCACAAGCGUUGAUCGCAACCGCGUUUUCAAGAUCCGCAACGACUCCAUCAUCAACCCUAUCACCCACCACCCCAUCGCAUACAAGUUGCAAACCUCGCCAAGUCAGAUGAUCCUAGCGAACCCCAAGUCAUUCUCUAAUAAGCGCGCUCGCUUUGCCACUCGUCCCAUUUGGGUCACGAAGUAUCAAGAUGACGAGCUCUUCGCCGCGGGCGAGUUCACAAACCAGAGCAAGGAGUCGGAUGGUGUCGAAGUCUGGGCUGCUCGCAAUGACACAGUCGAGAACGAGGACCUGGUUCUCUGGCACACAUUCGGUCUUACCCAUAACCCACGCAUUGAGGAUUUCCCCGUCAUGCCCAUGGAGCGUGUCAGCGUCAUGCUCAAGCCGGAUGGAUUCUUCACUAAGAACCCCGCACUGGAUGUACCAGCGUCUAGCCAGUCUUUCAAUAAGUCGACUCAACACCCUGAGCCAUCCUGCUGCGCAGCACCUCAGGAGCGCGGGCAGGUGAAGCUGUAA